GUCACUGAGGCACAAAUGUGGACCACAGCCAAAUUAAUGCGAGAUGUGUGUUUGCCAAGAUUUCCAAAAAUUUCUAUAGAACUGGCCGACCAAUUGCGUGAUGGCAAUAUACCGGACAACAACAAAGAUGUAAAAUGCUACAUUAAUUGCGUUUUAGAAAUGAUGCAAACGAUGAAAAAGGGAAAAUUUCUGUACGAGGCCUCGUUAAAGCAGGUGGAUUUAAUAUUGCCCGACAACUAUAAGGAUGAUUACCGCGCCGGAUUGAUGAAAUGCAAGGAUGCCAGUGUGGGCAUAAAAAACAAUUGUGAAUCGGCGUACACAAUUCUAAAAUGUUUGCGUGGUGAGAUUACAAAAUUUAUAUUCCCUUAAAAUAUAUGUAAAAAUAAUAUUGUUGGAAGAAAUGUG